CACAGUGUCAGUUUUGCCAUGGUUUUGACAAGAGACAAUAAUUUCAUUGGUUGAAAAAUAUCGAAAAAAAUGAGUGUUGGGAGAAGCUUGCCAUUCAAACAACUGGCCUCAGAACUGGCCAACAACAAAAAGCAAAAAAAAACCUAAAUCUGAAGACAAGGUGAAUUUGUUAGAAACGGAUAGUGGGGUAUCUAUUCCUUGAACUACUACAUUUGAUGAAAAAGUUUUAAUCUUUUCAGUUAUAUUAAAUAAGAGUAUGUGAAGUAUUUAUCACUAAAUUGAAUUACUAUUUCUGUUCCCAUGAAGGUACAAGUGCCGAUGAUAACUUAUA